AUGGAGUCCAAACUCACGACCGAAAAGGAUUUCUGCAAUGGAGUCAUCAAAGAGCUCAACUUCGACAACUUCAGCCACGGUGACGAGAUCUUGCCGGAUUCGAUCCCAGGAGUGACCAUCGAGGCCACUCGCCGUGCCACGGAGCCAGAGCCAGGCUUCCCGAAGAAUUGCUCAGGGCCUUUGUUGAUCUUGGACACUCGCGAUCCCGAUGGUCGCAGCUUUGACAAGGACUUGAAGAAUUGCGAGAAUUGCACCCUGAUGCUAUGGUCCAAGGACGGCAACCGGAAGAAGGUCAACGACUGUGGCGAGCACCCGGGUGUGAUGAUCAGCUUCAAGUUCAAGAAGCUGCACGAUCUCGUGGACAUCGAGCUUUGGGACCUGGAGGAGCCCACCUUCAUCGAGCUUUACGGGCCGGAAGGUGAGUUGCUGAAGAACGUCUCCGCACCGGAUGGCCCGGACCAGGACGGCAACCCGGCGGUCGUCGACCUCUUUACAGAGGGCGUGAAGGAGAUGAUCGUCUACAUGGGUGGCUCUGGAGACUUGAAGAAAUGCGAGAAUUGCACCCUGAUGCUUUGGUCCAAGGACGGUAACCAGAGAAAGGUCAACGACUGUGGCGAGCACCCGGGUGUGAUGAUCAGCUUCAAGUUCAAGAAGCUGCACGAUCUCGUGGACAUCGAGCUUUGGGACCUGGAGGAGCCCACCUUCAUCGAGCUUUACGGGUCGGAAGGUGAGUUGCUGAAGAACAUCUCCGCACCGGAUGGCCCGGACCAGGACGGCAACCCGGCGGUGGUGGAGUUGCUGACGAAGGGGGUGAAGGAGAUGAUCGUCUACAUGGGCGGCUCGGGAGCAGUCCGCCGCAUCCGGGCCUGCAAAGCUCCCGGCAGCGUCGUAGGUGACCCGCACAUCUACACCCUGGACGGCGACAAGUUCGACUUCUACCAGAACGGGACCUUCUCCGUGUUCCAUUACCACGGCCAGAAGUUGGCACUCCCGGAGGAGCAGAAUGCGACCGUGGACUG